GCGAGGAGAGAAUCUGUUGGACAGAAACACUCAUUAAUCUCUUCCUUCUCGCUCAAAAUAUAUAAAUAUAAAUGGAAUAAAUAGACCCAACUUUAGUGCAACCUGUGCCAUGUGAAUUUUGCUUCUCUACUGUUCUAAAUUUGGAGCUGAGCCAUUUGGAGAAAUGAGCAAAUAUUGAGGUGUUGGGAAAAUAUGUGAAAAUAAGGUAGCCCAAAAUUGAGGCUGGCAAGUGUAGUGAGUCAGCAGCGAGAGCUCUGCUCCAGUUUUAUACCCAAAUGGAAAUGGCCCAUUGGCUUUUCUCCCAUCUCCUCAGCUCAUUCUUGCUCCCUCUUCGGCCUCCCCUUCUUCUCCUCCCUCUCUCCAAGGAGAGAAACUGCUUCUCUCUGUCUCUUUCUCUUCAUCUUAACAAACUCUGUUGCCGCUGAGCUUGGCCAUGGGAGUCCGGCGCCACCAUGGUCGUAACAUCUCUGCCGCCUUAGCUCUGAUCUUCUUCUUCGCCACGGCUAUGGGUAGCGCAUUGGUAGGCAUCACUCAGGAGAAGGAAGAGUCUGACUUCAUAAGCCAGAAGCGGUUGGAGGACAAGAAAUGGGAGCAAUCGGUGGCCAGCCGCCGGAGACUGACCGGCCCGGGCUCAUCGCCGCCGACGUGCCGUUCUAGGUGCGGUCGCUGUUUCCCUUGUUGGCCGGUUCACGUGGCGAUUCAGCCGGGCCGAAGCUUUCCGCUCGAGUACUACCCCGAAGCCUGGCGCUGCAAGUGCGGAAACAAGCUCUUCAUGCCCUGACCUAAGCAAAAAACAGGGGAGGAUCGCUUUAAGUAAUUUUUCGCUAGCUUUAGUUAUUCUUGUUGAAAGUGAGAGAUUGAGCGAGGAAAGCGAAGCAGAAGCUCUUAAUCUAACCCUCUUAGAUGUGUUCUUCUUCUUAUUCCUGUAUGUAUUCUUAUGUAAAUGUAUAUUUAUCAAGGAGCUUUUUUCGCUUCCUCAGCUUUCUGACCCUAACUGGGCUCUCUCUGUCUUAAAGAUCAUGGUACUCUUCUCUUUUAAAAAGAAGACAUCAUUGAACUGCAGAUUGGUUAUUUACUCUUAUUAUAAUUUGGAGCACUGUCGUUUUAUUCAUUUUUACUCUUUU